CUGCAAAUAGAAAUAUGUUAAGUGAAGGCCAAGAAGGCGCGGGUCGUCUUCUUGUACGCAGUGCUGACGUCUUUUAUCUUCUUUUUGAAAAUUUCUCAUUUAUCUUAUAAAUUUUAUCACUAAUUUAUUAUAAAAUGGCUACAGAAGUUGCUACAAAUCCAGAAAUUCCUUACGUGGGUGCAGUUGAAAAUGGUUUGGUACCUGGAAAAAUGGUAAGAAUUCGUGGUAAAGUUCCUGAAAAUGCUAUCCGAUUUGCUAUUAAUUAUCAAUUGGGACCGAUAUUAAAUCCAAGAGAUGAUAUAGCCAUUCAUAUAUCACCUCGAUUUUCUGAUGGUGUUAUUACAAGAAAUCAUAUUGAAUCUAUGGCAUGGGGAGCAAACGAAAAUGAAGGUCCUAUGUGCAUACAGCCUGGUCAAGAAUUUGAAAUAAUUAUUUUAUGUGAUCAUUUGAAUUAUAAAAUUGCUAUAAAUGGUAGGCACUUUGCAGAAUUUGCACAUCGAUUACCAUACCAGAAAGUAACGUAUUUAGUGAUCGAUGGUGAUGUUGAAAUAUUCAGCAUUAUCUAUGAAAAUGUACCCGUUGGAUCAGCACAUUCCUCAUUGCCUAUAUCAGUUCCAUCUGCAGAUUUUGGCCCUCCUCCACCAGGUGGUUUGUAUCCAAAUCUGGAUACAAAAUCGAUCGAAUCAGGUGGAUAUGGUCCUCCUCCUCCAGGUUAUGGUCCAACACCUUCUACUGGCCCAUCAAAUAGAAAUAAUCAAUCCGGUGAAGAAAAAGAUUCAUUUGGUGGUUUAUUCAGUAAUAUACCUUGGAGUGGAUUAGUUGCUGCAGGUAGUAUUGCUGCAAUAGAACAUGCCAAUAGAAAGAAAGAGGAGGAACGACUUGGAAAAUUAGAUGCUUCCAAUACAUCAACAAAAAGUGACAAUGGUUCAGGACUUUCAAGCACAUUUAUUGGUUUAGCCGCCCAUUUAGCAAACACUGCUAUACAAAGAAACUUACAUGCACAGCAAGGAUAUCCUUCUCAAGGACCUAAUGAUAAUGUUCUUGGAUCUAUCCUUGGAGCAUUAGGUGGGGCUGGAGCACAACGACCAGCAUAUCAGCCACCUCCACCGACUAAUACUGACCCAUUAACUGGAGCAUUGGGAUCUAUUCUUGGUGGUGUUCUUGGAGGUGGUGGAAAUCAGCAACAACAACCGUAUCAACCAUCAGGAGGCUAUGGUGGAUAUUCAGCACCAUAUGGAUCUCAACAAGGAUCCAAUAGUUCAAACUUCUUGUCCGGUAUAGGUUCUGCACUUGGUUCAUCAUUACUAAGUUCUGCUAUAGAUGGAUUAAGUAAACAUGGGAAAGAUAAAUCUCAUGAACAUCCUCCAAGUUACGUAACACCAAAUGCCCCAAUGCCUUCUGCACAUAUGAAUAAUCCUUCAACGUCAGGAGGAAACAAAUUGACAGCAGAUGAAAUAUCUAAAGGACUUGGCCUUGAUGAUUAAAUGCUUAUUUUUAUAGAUGAGGUGAAAAAAAUUAGUUAAAAAAAUGCCUCUAAAUAAGAAAAAUUAUUGCAAAAAUUAUAUCAAAAUCAAUAUAUUGCUCUCUCUUUCUCUAUUUCUCUUUCGAAGAUCUGAAAUAUUAAAUUUUGCAUUUUAUAUACUUGCAAUUAUAUUUGCAGUUUUUGUAUGGCUUAAGAAUAAAUCGUAAAUAUAUGCAAAUAAUUGAAGAAAAAAGCAUGUGUAGAAGCCAAAAAA